AUGGGUCCCAAAAAGGUGAAGCUUAGUCCGUCGCAAAGGAAAGCGGCCAGAGCGGAGAAGCGUGCUGCGAAGAAGAGAGCUGCGAUCGCUCUUAAGCAGAAGAUCCAAUACGAGCAUCUCGAGCGCGAAAUCAAGUAUGGAUCUGCUACCAUCUCGAAGCACGAGAAGAAUUGGCGUAAGAUGUUGAUGGAUAUUGCCGUGCCGCAGAUGCACGCCGAAUUGGAGUACGCCUGGCACAAUUUCGAGCGUGCCUUCGACGCGAAAGAUUUCACCAUCUCGCUGCUCAUGGAUGAAAUCCGCGAAGCCGACGAGCAGUACAUGAUGAACAUGCGAUCGCACAUGUCGAACAUCGACAAUUUGAUCGUGCUCUGUAACGAUCAGAUCGCCGGUCUCCGCAAUGAGAGCAAAGAGGUGAUUCUGCAGCUGUACAACGCCGCCACCGUCGAGCGAAACGACAUAAUCAACAUAACCAAGGUCAACGAGGAGUACCUAAAGACGAUGCUGUACAUGCUUGAAAACGCGAAAAAGGAAUCCGAGAAAUUAAUACGCGGCGAAUACCUCUCCAAGCAGGAGGUCGAGAUAGGAAAGUUGGAUGACAUCUGCACAAAGUUCACCGAGGAGCUAGAGGCCAAGUUCGAUUUAGUCUGGAAGGACUCGCACAGAUUCCUCAAGAACCACAUAACUGAAUGCAAAUCUCGCAAGAGGGAGUAUCUGAAAUUGCGUAAGCAAGACGACAUCAUGCAGAUAGUGACGAGGAAGCUUUGGGAACGCAUCCGCAAGAACUUCGAUGUAAUCAAAACUCUGAAGAACGUGUACAGCGAUAAGUAUUUAACUUUGUCGCGGAAAAUCAAGGAACUCACCGAUGAACUGAACCAUUUCGAGAGCGUCUUCAAAGUGGUCAAGAGCCGCUUGGAGAGCGAACGCAUACUCGACGAGAUGAACCUGACCCAUCUCACUCUUGAAAGCAAUGAGACGAUAAAAUUCCUCGAAGGCAUCGAGAAAAAGGGCGAGAAGUUGUUGAAACUGUCUGCAAUCUGCAGGAAGUACGAAACGCAGGAGGAGAAAACAAUGCCGUUUCCGAUUUUCAACGAUCCACCUGUUAAAGAGGUAGAAAUCGAAGUGUCCGGUUAUAGGAAGGAAUUGCUGUUGUUCUGGAACCGGGUAGCGCAGGUUGACGCAUCUAGAUACAAGAUGAUCGAGGAAUGUCAAUACUUGAAGAUGCAGAACAGUCUGCUGAAGGAGCGCAUCCACGAUUACUGCCAGUGUCUGAACUGUGAGGCACUUUUACCGGUGGACUUUGCCGACAACUCAGAUUGAAUAAUCACACUUUUAUUUGGUUCAAAAUAACAUUAAAAGAUAACAAAAGAAACCUCAUCUGACAAUUAACUGAACACUUGGUGAAAA